GAUCACAACUCUAGAAAACGGCCUCAAAGUUGCUUCUCAAAACAAGUUUGGCGAAUUCUGCACUGUUGGAAUUUUGAUAAAUUCUGGAUCUAGACAUGAAGCAAAAUAUCCAAGUGGAAUAUCACACUUUUUAGAAAAACUCGCUUUUUCUUCCACAGCUCAGUAUGGGAGCAAAGAUGAAAUCCUUCUCACACUGGAAAAACAUGGGGGCAUAUGUGACUGCCAAACAUCAAGAGACACGACCAUGUAUGCAGUAUCUGCUGAGGUCAAAGGUCUGGACACUGUAGUCAGUCUUUUGUCUGAUGCUGUCCUGCAGCCUCGCCUGCUGGACGAAGAGGUUGAGAUGACCCGGAUGGCCGUGCGCUUUGAGUUAGAGGAUUUAAACAUGAGGCCGGACCCCGAGCCUUUACUCACUGAGAUGAUCCAUGCUGCUGCGUAUCGGGGGAACACAGUCGGACUUCCUCGCUUCUGUCCUGCAGAGAACGUGGAAAAGAUAGACAAGAAAGUACUUCACAGCUAUCUGCAUAACUACUACUGCCCUGAGCGCAUGGUGCUGGCAGGCGUGGGCGUCGAGCAUGAGCAGCUGGUCGAAUGUGCUCGGAAGUAUCUGCUGGACGUGAGGCCGGUUUGGGGGACGAGUUCGGCCGCUGAUGUGGACCUCUCUGUAGCGCAGUACACCGGUGGCAUCGUUAAGAUGGAGAAAGACAUGUCUGACGUGAGCCUGGGCCCCACACCCAUCCCAGAACUCACCCACAUCAUGAUAGGCUUGGAGAGCUGCUCCUUCCUGGAGGAGGACUUCAUCCCCUUUGCUGUGCUGAACAUGAUGAUGGGUGGAGGGGGUUCCUUCUCUGCAGGAGGACCGGGGAAAGGCAUGUUCACUCGCUUGUACCUGAACGUCCUCAACAGACAUCACUGGAUGUACAACGCCACCUCCUACCAUCACAGCUACGAGGACAGUGGGCUGCUGUGCAUCCACGCGAGCGCAGACCCCAGACAGGUGCGAGAGAUGGUGGAAAUUAUAACCAGAGAGUUCAUUCAGAUGGGCGGGAGUGCAGGAGAGAUGGAGCUGGAGAGAGCCAAAACUCAGCUAAAGUCCAUGUUGAUGAUGAAUCUAGAGUCUCGUCCUGUUAUAUUUGAAGACGUUGGACGCCAAGUUCUGUCCACGGGAAAGAGAAAGCUCCCCCAUGAGCUCUGUGACCUCAUCAGCAGCGUGACGGCCAGCGACAUUAAGAGAGUGACCACCAAGAUGCUGAGAAGCAAACCUGCAGUGGCAGCUCUUGGGGACCUGACAGAGCUGCCCACGUACGAACACAUCCAGGCGGCGUUGUCAAGCAAGGACGGACGCCUGCCUCGCGUCUACCGCCUCUUCAGAUAGAUCCUCCCGGCAUGGCUCAGGACCUGCUGUAAAUAAACCCCCCCACUGGAAGAUUACACUAGCAUUUCCUCCCAAACUCAGAACUCUACACGGCUAGGUCUGGGAGAGGACUGAUACCUGGUCUCUGACAUGCGCCUCUGACAGAAAAGAGGAGUUUUGUUUUUUAAGAAGUUAUUUCUACAGCACAGCAACCUCAGCUGGAUGAUCUAUUUAUUGGGCAGAAAGCCAUAAAUCUCCACCUGUUUGGUUUUAAAUGGACGGUUUUCCC